CGUCACACGAGCUCAAACUAGAUAUCUACAUGGACCAUGGUUCAAGAGACGAUUUAAGAGGUUUAAAGAGAGCUUGGAAGCAUUCAAGGUGGAAGAAAAGGUCAUUUCAAGCAAGGCCUACGAGUUUGUUGAUGUGAAAUCCAUUGGCAGAAUAUAUAAUUCUCGUGGUCCAAAGAUGAAGGUCCGAGUACGACGAUACAAGGAUCAAAUGGGAUCAUUCUUGAUGGACGUGG